GCUCCGGGCUGCGGGGCGGGGGCGCGGGGCGGGGAACGGCGGCCAGCGGGGCAUGGCGUCCAUGGCGGCGGCGAUCGCGGCUUCGCGCUCGGCCGUCAUGAGCGGGAACCGGCCUCUGGACGACCGGGAGCGGAAGCGCUUCACCUACUUCUCGUCGCUGAGCCCCAUGGCCAGGAAGAUCAUGCAGGACAAGGAGAAGAUCCGCGAGAAGUACGGCCCCGAGUGGGCGCGGCUGCCGCCCGCGCAGCAGGACGAGAUCAUCGAUCGGUGCCUGGUGGGGCCGAGCGUCCCCGCGCCCCCCGACCCCGGGGAGCCCGGGGACCCCGCGGAGCUCGCACGCUUCCCCGGCCUGCGCGGACCUACCGGCCAGAAGGUGGUGCGCUUCGGGGACGAGGAUAUAACUUGGCAAGAUGAGCACUCUGCCCCUUUCUCUUGGGAAACAAGGAGUCAGAUGGAGUUCAGCGUCUCUUCCUUAUCCAUCCAGGAGCCCAGCAGUGGCUCCACCAGCGAGCCGAGGCAACCGUCCAAAGCUUCUCAGGGCUCGCAGCCCCUCCGGCCUUCCCAGGGCAGCAAGCCCUCCAGCCUGGAUGCUCUGGGUGCUGGCCGGAAGGAAGAGGAAGCGUCCUUCUGGAAGAUCAAUGCAGAGCGGUCCCGUGGGGAGGGGCCCCAGGCUGAGUUCCAGUCUCUGACCCCUAGCCAGAUCAAGUCCAUGGAGAAAGGCGAAAAGGUCUUGCCGGUCUGCUAUAGGCAGGACCCCACCCCCAGGGACACAGAGGCCAAGGAGGAGAGGCCCGGCCAUCUCCGCCAGGAGCCACGUGUCCUUCCCGGUGCCAGCGCCGAGCGCGAGGGUCCCCCACUGGUCCCGGCCUACAGCAGCAUGCUGGGAGAAGCCACCUGCUCCGAGCCCGUGCGCAAGCUGCCCUCUCCCGGGGCUGUCCCGGGGGAUGCGGAGAACACGGAGGAUUUUCUGUUCUCGGAACCCGUGCCUGCAGAGGUUGGCUCAAGUAAUGUCAUCUUGAAGACGGGGUUUGAUUUUCUGGACAACUGGUAAAAUGUGUUAACCAAAAAAACCCCACAAAAAACCAAGAACCCCAAUAUGUUUUCCUAAGUGGUGUGAUGGAGGAGGAUACAACGGGCAGCAUUCCCCUGGGUCUUUUCCAGUUUCUGUGCACUUUUCUUAAUCUUUUGAAAACUCGUAAAUAUCGCCUUGUCCAGAUUUCCAGUUUUUUCCCUUUUUGGUAAGACCAGAUAUAUAUGCUAUUUUCAGUGGUUUGGAUUUUACACUUGGAUUUUUUUUUUAAAGACAGGAAUUCAGUAAAUCUUACAAAUAAAACUUCUGUUCCAGCUGCACCCAGUUUUCCCCCUCCUCAGAGGAAGGGUUUUCUCAGCCAUGUCACAAAAAUCGUGAUUCCCAUCUCCACUUUCGUCCCCUUCCUGUUGUGAGUGUGUGUGGUUACCUUGGGUGGGCGGUCGUGGGUCGUGUCAGCAGCGGUGACGUCAGCAUGCUGGCUGUGACCAUGGAAUGACUUGCACAGCCCCCACCCCCAUGCUCCCAGCUGCCCAGGGCGCUCCUUGCUGAAGUCACAUGUCCUGCAUCGAGUGCCACCCUCCACCCUCCACCCUCGCGUCGUUUCCAGGAAACAGACUUGGCACACGGUGGAGGGCGUCUUUAAGCUGCCCUGUUACUUACUCAAACUAUUCAUCAUUGUUUAAGAGUUGCAUGUUUUGAAGUUUUGUAUUAACGUUUCAUUACUUUGUAUCUAGAUUUAGUGGUUGUAGGGCUACCACUUUUCUUGGAGUUCUCUACUUUUGUGGCCUGUGGGCGUCCCCUGUCCUGGGCAUCUGCAGCAGGAAGGGUUGAUGGCAGGUGUUGCUGGAGGAAAGGGCUCUUCUGAUUAGUUGUGUUAGACCUUCCAGUGUGAGACUGGCAGGGGCAGCCAAAUUCCUUCAUCCCAAGGACUGGUCAAGCUCUGUCACCGUGGACCCUGCCCCAACCCUGACCCCCAACAGAAGUACAGGAGUCCAGUUUCUGCAGGGAACCAGCAGCGCCCCCUGGAGACCUUUGUGGUCAUAGCAAUGGCAGCUCCUUGAGUGGGACUGCCUAUGGCUGCUCUGGUGGGGUGACUCCCAGGCCAAGGGAACAUGGUGGCCCAUGCCCCACACGGGGUGGGGGGCAUGUGGGCCUCAACCUGGGAAGCCUGUGCCCUGACCAGUGGCCCCUGAGCUGCAGGACAUGUCCAAACAUGAUCUGCAUGUCACUUCUCACUGUGUUCUCACCUGAAGCCUUAAUCCCAGCGAGUCCUGCCGGCGAGCGCCUGGUCUCAGUAGCAGAAUGUGUCUGUUUUAGAUGCCUUGCUGUUUCACAAGACCUUCUGAAAUGAUUUCCAGAAUAUUUUAUCUGGCUCCAAGGUAAAGCACAUGGCAGCUUUUUUUCCAGGAAAGUUUCUGCCAAAGCUGUGGCUUAGCCAAUGUUUCGUUUGGUUUCUGCCAAUUGCUUAAUGUCCCUAAACCUCAUUUGGCCCCUUCGGGUCUUGGAUUUGACCUUCCUGGUUUGGUGACCGUAUCAUGGCAAAUACAGGUUGUUUCUGUAGCAUUUAAGUACAGUUGAAACAUAAAAAGGAAACAGAUUUCUAGCAUGGUGCUGAGGGAAAAAGAGCCGAGAGCACCCCCCCACCAGUGUGGCAGCAGGCCAGGCCCUCACGGCAGCCUUGAGCCUGAGCUGCCUUGGAACCCAUGCAUGAACCUGGGUCCCUUGAAAACAAGGAGAGUUGCCGGUGUGAGUCUGUAUUCCUUGGUGCUGGUCGCAGGGAGGAGAGAUCCACAGCCUGGGACGAUUAGCCCACAGCAACCUGUCUGUUCCGGAAGACGAUUCUAAUUUCCCACAGAGCCCAAUAUCCCCUUCAAAUCCUCCCGGGAAACCCUGGAGGCAGUCCUAAAGCCGAGCUGCUUUGCUCUGCUUUUGGAAGUAAAGAACUGUGCGAGGGAAAAGCGAAGGCCUGGAGGACACUGGCUCGUGGGCCCCUCCUGUCUGACCUUCAGCUCCUCUUAACCCUGCAGUCUGUACAAGGGUGGUUCCUUCCCGUCCCCUGGGAAUCGGUGUUCAGUGUGUCCAGAUGAGGGAAAGUUGAGCUCUUACGUCUCCCACCUUUUCCCCCAUGUAUCAAUAUGGCGCUUCUAAAACCAGGAGUUUCUAUUUGUUAUUUUAAAAAUGCACACUUUUCAGCUCAAGCCUGUAUAGGGUUUUGGAUUUCCGCCCGCCCCUGCCCCCUACACCUGGGAGUCAGCCCAAGGAUUCAGUGUCUUGCUUUGUGUGACUGUAUUUUGCAAAAUCUCUCCCAAGAAGUCAGAACCCACUCUCAGUUCUUUCACCUGGGGGUUCGUCCGCCACCCUGUAGGUCUGGGAGCGCUGCCCACUUUGGGAACAGUGGGGGUUACAGCCCCCACCCCACGUGGAUAUCAGAGCAGCCUCCCUUUAUUUGAUACACAUUUUCAAAAAUGAAAAUUCUUACUGACUACUUGUAACUUGGUUGUAUUUUAUAUUAAUAGCCUUUAAUAAAGCCAUUUAAAAUAUUC